UCCAGACAAGACGUCGACGAAACCGCUGGCUACUAUAGGUCUCUUAUUAUUUCUGCUCGUCCGAACGCGGCAUCCUUGAGCCGAACACAUGAUAAUGUUAGAUCAUAAUGAAUGACACCACAAUAGCAUGCCAUAUUUGUGAUGAUCGUGCCACUGGUAAACAUUACGGAGCCAUUAGCUGUGACGGUUGUAAAGGGUUUUUCCGACGUAGUAUUCGAAAACGACACAAUUAUGUUUGUCGAUUCAACAAAUGCUGUGAUGUGACCAAAAAUCAACGAAAUGCAUGCCGAUCUUGCCGUCUGCAAAAAUGUAUCGAAGCUGGAAUGAAGUCCAACGCUAUCCAAAAUGAACGAGAUGCAAUCGGCAAGCGCAAAAAGCCUGAACCAGAAACAGAAGAACUGCUGGAUGGCUUGUUACGAUCAGAAAAGCUGUGCCAGCAGUUACGCAGUUCAGUAAUCAAAAGUACUGAACAGGCCUCCUAUGAUUGCGGAAAAGUGAAGACAUUGAGAAUUGAAGACGAUCGACGAGCCACUUUGGACGAUGUGGGCAAAAGUAUACAUCAACAACUGGUUUUGCUAGUGGAAUGGGCGAAAUCUCUUCCGCAGUUCACGAGUUUGUCCAUGGAUGAUCAGGCGGCGCUUCUGAAAGCAACAGCGGCACAGAUAAUCAUUCUGGGUGUCGCGUUCCGAUCGCUAUCUGUAGACAACUCCAUAUGUCUAGCAAAUGACACCCUCAUUCCGAAGGAACAUGCAGCCAACGUUGGUGACAUAAAUUGCGUAGUUGGGCGGAUAAUCGACGAAUUGGUCUUACCCAUGCGCCGGUUGGGUAUGGAUCUUUGUGAGUACGUUGCUCUCAAGGCAAUUUUGUUUUUCAAUCCAGUAGCCAGGGAUGUUUCUGAUCCACUUUCGGUGGAAAAUGCCCGAAUAGCGUGUCUACGUGCCAUAGAAAAAAGGUGCCAACGUGCCUCUUUGAUCACGUCAUCGGAAUGUCGAUCUGGACGAUUACUACUGCUUCUUCCUUCUCUACAGGCUGUAGCGCAGCAAAUGGUUGAAGAUGUCCAGUUAGCACGACUUUUUGGUCUCGCAAAUGUCGACUCUUUGAUGGAAGAGCUUAUCCUGCAUGAUGAACGGCCAGAUCGCGAUUCGAGAGUGCUACGGCAAGCCUAA